AUGGCGCCAGUUAAUCCACAAAUCCUGACCUCGUUUCGAAAACAGAGGCUUCAAUCUGAAUUCGCAGGACUGAAGCAGGCGUGUCCAGAGGGAGUCUUCGUAAGCUUAACACCUACCGACCCGACAAUCUGGUCAGCAAUCCUCUUCGUGCGAGAUGGACCCUAUGCGCCAGCUGUACUGCGAUUUCACAUCUCCUUCCCCUUGUCCUACCCCGAGAUGCCUCCGUUGGUCUCAUUCGCCACCGACAUCUUCCACCCGCUCAUCACACCCUUGACAACGAACCAGAGCACCGGCGCCGUCAGCGCAACUGAUGACGAGCGGCUACCUCUGGGAGGCUUCAGCCUUCGGCAUGGGUUCCCAGUGUGGUUCAGUAGAGGCGAAAAGGCAACGCCGGAAGCCACAGGGGAAUACUCAGGAGGUCGCUCGGUACAUGCGAGCCCGCCGAGGGUCCCCGAGCUGGGCUCGAGCCAAAGCGCUGAGCGCUACCCGUCUGUCUACGACAUCCUAAAGUACAUUCGGAGCACCUUCGACGACGGAGAUGUCCUGGACUCGGUGCCGAUAGAGGCCGCGGGGAACCCUGGCGCCUGGCACGCGUGGAGGACGCACCGCCGCAACUCGAGCAGGCCAGCGCAGAGUAGCACCGGUGAUGAUCCCGUUCUGCAGGAUGAUGGCACGAAGCCGCCACCAGAUCCUGCCGCUGACUCAGGGAACGACUCCUCUGGGACCAGAGCCCCAGGGGAGUGGAACUGGGAUGGUGUGUGGGAGGCUCGCGUCAAGAAGGGGAUUGCGACCUGCUUGUCGGAGGCUGCCCUCUACGGGGGAUCCAAUACUGUACCUGAGGAUCUGAUUAAUUUCGUUCCUAUGGACGAACCGGAAAUUGAGACAGUCAAAGAAAAUAUCAUGCGUGUUCUUGGAAGUACAGCUUGA